AUGCCGCUGGGAGAACUUCGCCAAGUGCUAACCUAUAUCAAGGUUCACGCCGACGCCUCCAAUUUUGACGAGGGCGUCUCAAAGGAAGACGCCUAUGAGCAGGUUCUUCUGCAGGCAGAGGGUCUUUUUUAUGACCAGCGCAACUGGGUAUGUGGCGAAGGCAACCUUUCCAACGCUGCUGCAUUACUGUGGCAUGCCUAUCAAUCUCUACCAGCGCCAAGUAAUCGUGUAAACUGGUCCGGAUUCUACGUGCUGGACCCGUCCUCUGCGAAGCCGCAGCUGAUUCUCGGUCCCUUUCAAGGCAAGGUGGCCUGCCAAAUCAUUGCCUUUGGCCGUGGCGUCUGCGGCGUCGCGGCUGAGUCGCAGACCACGCAGCUCGUGCAGGACGUGGAGCAGUUUCCCGGCCACAUUGCUUGCGACAGCGAGAGCAAGAGCGAGAUUGUGGUCCCAAUUGUGGCCGUAAAAGACGGCGCAAAAAAGGUGGUGGCCAUUAUAGAUGUGGACUGCGCUGAGCUUCAUGGGUUCGAUGAGGUGGACAAGAAGAACCUGGAGCAGCUGGCGGAGCUGAUUGGCAAAAGUUGUGAUUGGUAG